CGUGUCCGGUAAACCGACUCCCCCAACUUCCUGCUCGGCUGCCGAUACCGCCGGUAAACCGUUUACCGGAUUACCGUUUACCACCCCUACGGACAGGGGAAAAUGCAAAGGGAGGUCGUGUAACACCCUAGUCCGGCUGGACACUAACUUUAUCAAAAUACCCUUGAUAAAUCGUAAACCAAAAUAAGAACUGAAAAGAGUUGGAAAAAUAGCGAAAGCUUUUUACAAAUAACUUUAACGUUUGCUGAAGUAAACUGAAAUCUCUUAAGAGUAAGCCCUAACACUUGGGCAAACCUCAACCAUAGCAUCUUAAUAUGAAUCUCCGGUCUAUACUCAUAAACGUAAAGGAAUAACUAAAACUCUACUUUGUUAUCUGCUCGAAUUCGAUCUCUGACACCUUCAGACUUCAGUUACGCUUGUACUAUCCUCCUCUAGCUGGCUUGCCUAGAACGGUUCCAUCGAUCUCGCUGCUCUCUAACUGCUCUUCUAGCUAGUUGCUAUCGAUCUGGUUCUCACUCAUUCCUUUACUAAGGCCUGGUGAGUGAGUUGGGGUCAAUCUACACCCUUACGUUUUAAACUUUCUAAUAAUUUUACACUUCUUCUCAAACACUUAAACUCAAUAUGAGGGAAGUUGUUUGUACUUCCAUUCUGAAAAGCUUAACUCUUAAAACUGUAUGGGAGUAACUGUUACUCUCCAUUCUUAAAGCUUAAAUCCCAACUUAAAUACUUGACUGACACGGGGAUCCCUCGCUAGCUAGUCCGGUUGCCCAACUCAUACGUAUGAGAAGCCCUCCAGGCUUUUCUUAAACUUAAACUUAUCGUGUACGACUCUUCUUCCACGAUUUUCAAGAGCAUAACUGCUGCUCAUCUUAAAAAUCUCAAGAGCAUAACUGCUGCUCAACUUAAAUAUCUCAAAUGGCAACAGACGGACGCUAAUGACUAAAAACACUUAAAACGACUUCACCUCCAUUGAAGGUGAGUUACUUCUUAAAAAGGAACUUGUUCUUAAACUUUAACAAUAACUUAUACUCGUAAAAUUUCAAAGUAACUAAUAAUCUCAAACACAUUCACUUCAAAUCAUAGCUCAAACAAAGCAUAUAUAAUCAAUCUCAAACAAGAAUCAAAUACUGCACAUACAUCUCGUAAAUCAAUACUUGAAAAUACUCAAGCCAGAUAUUUGAAAAACCGUAAGGCAUAGAAUUUACCCCCUUUACACUCACCUUACUUUCAUCGGAACUGGCUCUGAUUUUGCUCCAAAGUUUCCAUACUCGCUUCCAAAAUAUUAUCCUUAUUAUUGUAAUGUUCGCACUCCAUGCAAUUGCUCUUGCUCCUCCAAGUCAGUAAUCGAGACGGUGACUGGGUCGCACGAGUUCAUUGUAAAGGGUUUUUCUCUCGGGAAAGGUAUCGGAGUUGGGAAGUACAUGUCCAGUGAUAUUUUCUGUGUGGGUGGCCAUGACUGGGAGAUCCGGUUUUACCCGGAUGGGUGGAAACUCGUGGAUGGAAGCUCUAAAUCUGGCUUCUUUUCGGUGGGCAUUCGUUUGGUCAGCGACGCUGGUGAUUCGGGCAUUAGGGCCUCGUAUGAGUUUACCUUCUUGGACAAGAGAGGGAAAGAGUUACCAGUGGGCUUGUCCGGCCGGCCAUCCUCUAUGAAGAAAGGAUACGAGUGGGUUCAAGACAUCAAGGAAGCAAAUCAAGGAAGCAAGUAUGUACAAAAUGAUUGCAUCAUCAUUCGAGGCACUGUUCGAGUUCUUGUUCUUGCGAAUCGGCUUGAAGGUGCCAAGCAGGGUUCCAUUACCGUACCCGACUCCAACUUUGGCCACGGUUUCAAGGAGCUACUGGAAUCUGAAGUUGGUUGGGACGUUGUGUUCCACGUUGGUGAUGAGGCAUUUCGAGCUCACAAGUCCAUUCUUGCUGCGCGAUCCCCUGUUUUCAGAGCCCAGUUCUUUGGACCAGCAGGGAAUCCUAACUUGAAUGAAGUUACAGUGGAUGAUAUUCUUCCCUCCAUCUUCAAGGUGAUUCUCCGAUUCAUAUACACAGACCAACUUCCUGAUGUGCAUGAUAUUGUUGGCUUCUCGGCAUCCAUGUCAGGUGCUGCCAACGUCACCCAACACCUGUUAGUUGCUGCUGACCUCUACAACUUGGACAGGUUGAAGGUGUUCUGUGAAUCCAAGUUAUGCAAGGAGCUUACCGCCGUAUCGGUGGCCACCACACUAGCAUUGGCUGAGCAGCAUCAGUGCGCACAUCUCAAAGCUGUCUGCUUGAAAUUUGCAGCACAUCCCAUCAACUUGGCAGGUACGUCUGCAGUUCAUGUAUCCUAAGUUUAAGUUAUGUCCAUUUCCCAAUAUUUCUUUGCUAUGGAACUCAACCCUCAAUUAAUCAUGGCAAGUAAUAAUAUAUGUUAGCCUCUGCAUGACAGUGAUGAUGAAAUCAGAAGGUUUCAAACAUUUAGAGGACAGCUGCCCGACAUUGUUGCGCGAGUUGCUGAAGACGAUUGCAUCAACAGAUGAUAGUGGGGCUAGGGCCAGGCCUUGUCGCAGUGAACCGCUUUGUCCGUCCAGACAAACUGCACCGCAAAGCUUGUGGUCUGAGAUGUGGUCAACUUUUCGUGUCGUUUUCGAUUGGUGGUGGUUCCAAAUGGAACCACGCAGUUUAAAAAUAAUUCACUCACUGAACUGAAGAACAACAAGCGGUAUUGUCAAUAGUGCAAAUGGAUGAGACACUAGAAACCGAUGGUGGGCCUUGGUGUGAUUGGGAAACUCCAUUGACGAUGGUGUACGAGAAUUGACUGUUAAUCUCGGGAUAAUUGCGUUGCAUUUGAGAAAUUUUAAUUUGCGAUGUUUUGAGUUUUUUUAUUAAACUAGAUAUGUCCGC